AUGGCGGUCAGCGCUGUCAACACGGCCAGCGCGGCCAGCGCGGCCAGUGCAGCGGCACCCGCCACUACAUUUGCAGACCUUCCGCUGGAAUAUCUCAGUCUUUACCAUACUGUGGAUACAUAUCUCUCUUCUAUUCUUGUUUUUUAUGGCCCGGUGGCCACUGCCAAUGCGACUGUGAGCAGUUCGCGCAUUCAGGCGCAUAUCUUCACCCCCGCCGGAUUUCAGAGUUAUACUCGCAUUACAAUUUCUCCCGCUGCACCGUUAUAUGCAGCCGUCAAUCACCUUCCUCGCGAUAAGCAAGGCGAUCAAGUGUGCCGAGGACUUGCUGUUAGUAUGUUAAAGUACUUCUCUGAGUUAUCGGAUCCACUCAAGCGUCGUUUAUCGGAGUUCCCCCAAGAUGGCCGUCAAGGUACAAGGCCCUCGAAAUUAUUCGACGAGAUGCAUGCGGCGGAUCUUGCAAACAGAAUGAUCAAAGUGGAGGACUCGUCAGAAAUUGUUCGCGACCUCCGCAGUGCAUUCCAAGAGCGCAGUGUUCCUUGGACCGAUAUCGAUGUUGUACUACCGGCAGGCACCAUUCAGCCCCCGUCAAGACGCGAGAGCUCCGACUUUGAUACUGAUGAUGCGGAAUCGACCCCAUAUGGCCCCUAUACGCCUCUUAUAAUGGCCUUGGGAGAUCCGAUGUUCCUGCCGACAUCAAGAUUGAAGCGCGCCCCCUCCCAGCCAACAAAUGUCAGCAAGUCAAGGACUUUUGCACGCAGCCAAAAGGAGGCCCUUCGACUAACUAUGUGUGAACUCGUGGAUACCGAGGAACGAUACGUUGCUAAACUGUACUCGCUUGUGCACGAGGUGGCGGAUGAGUUUCGAGAAAAAGCCCAGAGCAGAGGGCCAUCAAGUACUAGUCCGAGCGAGAAGCAAUUGGCGGAGUUGUUUCCCCCCUGCCUAAACGAGAUCCUAGAAGUCAAUCUUGGGUUCUUGGAUGACGUUCGCCAGGUCCUCGACGAGACAGAGAAAGACGCCUUGACCGAUAUCAGCCAAGAUACAGAACUUCCACACCGCAGCUCCAGAGAAACAAAAGACUCCAUUGGAGCCGUUGCAUUUGCAAAAGCAUUGCUUAGUUGGCUGCCGCGUUUCUCACAGCCCUAUGCCGACUACAUGCGGGCGCAUACCGGUUUCGCGCAAAUCUUAAAUUCGUUUAUGAAAGACAAGAAUUCCAGCUUUUCGAAGCGGGUGUAUGAGACUGGCGAACAAAGAUUGCGGUCUUUGCUGAUGGAACCCGUACAAAGACUCCCUCGAUACAGUCUGUUGAUCGAUACGAUGACGGGAAGUUUGCCGCUAGUUCACCCUGCAGUUCGGCCAUUGCUGAAAGCGAGGGACAUUGUGAAAGAUAUAUGCGCACUGGACGACACCUCUCCUUCUAGUCACACGCAAAGUCUCAAGCGCCUUAGAGAGCUCGUGGAUGUGUGGCCAGCGAAGACCUUCCCCGAUGGGCGUUUGAUUACGGCAGUCGACGUGAAUGAGGUCACGCCUCCAUAUCAACUAGAUCAAAAACCCUCGAAUUCUGGAGCUGGGAUUUUGCUUGUCUUUAAAAACUGUCUCGUCAUACUAUCAAAACCCGCAGAAAGCCGAACGACCGCGCGUGGACUACUGGCCGACAUCGAUAAUGCAGCAUCACCUACCAAUGACAUGUCCAUGCCCCUACCAUCUGCAGAGCUUAAAGUCGUUCAAAUACUGGAACUUCACGUUGUGCGCUGUAUGCAGUCGGCAUGUGGUCGAAUGCUAUUCGUUAUCCCCGCAGCGUACAAAUCUCACUCGGGCGCCUUUGACAGCAGUACUGAUCUUCUUGCUCUGGAGCUUACUGGGAUGUACGAAGGAAGAGCGAGUCGAUUGAUUGAGGAAAUCACGAAAGCAAAGAUUGAGGGCCGCUUCUCGGAAAAAGAGCGAGAGGGUAGCAAAUGGACCCUGCGCAGUCCUGCUGGUACUGCAGGGUGUGCCAGCAUUCUGGCCUGCGUUUGUGAAGAAGGAGAAACAGCUGCCCUUGAUAACACUCGAUCAUCCUCCGUCCGAAUUAUUUUCAACACGUCGAGGGCUAUGUGCUCCCAGAUUCUCACCCGUGACAACUUGGAUGUUGUUUUAUCUCUUUCGCCACCGAAUGGCGACCAGUUCCGACUGGAUAUUGAGACUGUGAUAGGCACAUCAUCCACUGAUUCCGUUUCAGCGGAUACCUUUGUGGCUACUCUUGCCAGACGAUUGCAAAAUAUAAUACCUCCCUUGCAUAGCCCCAGGAACCCAAGCUUGAUGAAGCCGUUGGUACAUUCAAAUUUUGCUAUCAUUCGUUUCAUCGCCAGCAAUCUGAUCACCCAAGUCAAGUCUUCGAGGGGAUUUCGGCCGCCUUCGCCUACCAAGCUACUCUCGAACCUGUUAGGCGGUAGUCGCGAGAACGUCCCUACUUUGAAAGGACCGAGCUCAGCCACUAUACUUGGUGAAUUUCCAAAAAUGCCUCCACCGCGACCUCAACAUUCAAGAUCCAAUACUCUUCCAUCAGUUUUCCCUGGAAAGGACAAAGACAAACAGAAAGAAGAGACCCCCAGCAAGAUCUCAGUAGUUGGCACUUCCGAUAACCAAGCACCAGAAAGCCAGCUUGGGUCUCUGGAACAAACAUUUGCAGCAUAUGUGCUGUCAUUGCAGUCCCGAAGCGGCAACAUCCUGGGACGUAUGCUUCGUUCCAGAGACAACGCAGACCGCUCCCCGGUUAACGAACUUUACAACAUUCUGUUGGAGAAUCCGACCAAACUACAAGCUGCUGCUGAGGUACCUGUCGACACCUUAUUUGUUGCCUUCGAGACUUUCAUGAAAAAUGCGUGGAAAGAUAGCAUGGGCGCGGUUUUGGACGUUCCAUCCUUGAGAAGGCUUCAGAAUCAAUUUGAUACAAUGUUGCCUCGCGAUUUCGACGAGGAAUUCCGGAAGUUUUUGGCAGAGACAAGUCCACAGAACCGUCGUGCUUUGGCCGCCAUCAUUCGGCUUCUUGCUGAGCUACUUGAUGCAUCCGGCAACGACGGGGACCGAGGAGCCUUAACAAUGGCAUUUGCGGAGGUCCUAACCGAAGAAGGCGACCCAGUCCAUCAUGUUUCACUUUUGGACCGCCUGGUUGAAGACUUUGAUGGUCUUUUCGAAGAAUUUAUCCCAGGAGGUGCUUCAGUUGAAGGAACCCUAAGCUGCGACCAGACCAAGAACCCUUCACAUGCAAAUACUGGUUCAGUGGGGUCCAAUAAUUCAUCAUUCCGGAAGCGCUUUGGAUUUGGUCUACAUAAAGAUAUCCAGAAGAGUGACAAAAGUGAAGGAGAGAGCAAAGUUGCAUCUAUCCUGCGAACAUUGAGCAAGCGACAAAGUCCGGCCGACUCGGAACCAAACACACCCAAGGGAUCUUUGAUAAGGUCAAAGUCAACCGAUAUCGAUACUCGUUUGGGUUUCCUUCGACCUGCAUCUCGUGAUCGCCCGAGUGGCUUUGCGUCCGAAGAACAAAUCUCUCGACCGGUUCAUGGGCAACCGCCCUCCUUGUCCUCUAUUCGAGGCAUAUCCCACGAUGGUGUCGUGAAAGUUCGCAGAAAAAGAAGAAGCUCACUUUCCGAUUUCCGCCCGCCGACAGCCUCUUCUGAUGCAUCUAAUGUCUCUCCAGGCAGCCCCUUACGCCCAGUCACUCCCUCCAACCGCCCACGCGGUGAAGUAACAACACCAAACAGCCAAUCAAGACCGCAAAGCAGCUACCUAGCAGUCUCACCAGUAAGGAGUACGUCUCCAGCCAAGGCAACUUCGCCUGCUCGACUUGGAUCCCCGAUUCGAAGAAUGUCGCCCCCGCGUCCUUCGACCCCGAGCAGGAAGGAAAACAUCGACCCGAAAGUGCACACAGCAGAUCGGUCUACUAAGACCAAGGCCGACCUCUCAGACUCUUCAACACAAGAAAGUAGAAGACAGUCAAGAACUACGAGCAUUCCCCAACGCACUCCAGGGCUUCGUGAACGGUCAACUGUUAACGGGUCGGAGAGCAAGCGACCGCAGUCUUCUUCAUCACCCCAAAAGACGCAGAAGUUGCGUAUGCAGAGCCCACAAAAACUUCGUGAUCGUGUUCAACAUGACAAGAGGACCCAGGCCACCUCUCAAGACGACAUGCGAGACGAAUUGCGGGCGCUUGGCGAUGAGUUACAGAACCUGAGGCUUAAUCCUACCAAACAAUCUAGCCCGGAACGAAAUGUAGGGAGCUUAGAUUCCCCGAGACCUUCGAGCGCACGAUCGUUACUCGAGGCUCGCUUGCGCAGUCUUGAGGGGCGAUUCGAGAACUUUGCUGGUGAAUACAACGGCCGCAUUUCUGCCUUUGAAAGAGAUCUGGAAUCCUCCUUGGCACUCAGUGAGAGGCGCGUGAAGAAACUGGAUGACCUUUAUCGAGAGGCCAGUGCCGAAAAUGAGGCCCUGUAUGGUCGAUUCAAUUCGGAACUCAGCAAAAUCGCCAAGGACGUUCGAGCCGGCAACGGAGAAGGGGCUUUGCAAUCCCAACUUGAGAUCGCGAUGGAAGAAAUUGGUCGGCUCAAGAAAGAGAACCUACGUCUGAAGAGGGAAGUUGGCGGACUUCGAGCCCAGCAAGCAGGGGCCGCGUUGCUCAAAGCGAGCGAAUAG